AAUAUCGAGACUGGGCCAUCUCUAUCGACACACGACUAAAGGUAAUCGGUUAAGAGUGACCAGGUGGCAGAGAGUUAGCAACAAGAAAAUAAAAAGCAAUAUUCGCGAAAUAUUCGGGAGCUUAGAAUAAGAAACGUUGCGGAAGUGGCAUUAAGCCGACCAAGCAUCAGUUUCCUUAAUGCUGCAAGCCCUGCAAGCACCUGACUGGAUUGCAUCAGGCCUUGGGCCACGCAUGAGGCACGCAUGAAAUUCCAAUAGGACAGCGCGCAGCGAGUGCGUGGAAAAAUACAGGCUCGAGGACAAGUUAGUGCGUCCGCGCGCGUGGCAUGGAGUCACGUCAGGACGAGCGCGGCGAUGAGAUCGGUGGCGGGGGUGGUGCUGCUGCGGAACCCGCCCCCUUUUGCAUCCUGCCCCCGAGAGAGGAGAUGGUCAACUUUAUGGCUCAUCAACAGCAGCAACACAACCAAAACUUCCUUCUCCACCAGCAGCAGCAUGGCCAGCCCCCAGGACCCAUUAUGUGGCAGGCACCACCUCCCCACAUAGCCGCUCCACCUUUUUCCCAUCUUCAGCCUCAACAGCCGCAGCAGCACAUGUACAACGAGUGCUAUUACAACCUGGCGUUUCCCGGACAAACUGGGCAACCGGAAUCCUAUUCGGUGCUGCCCGUAGGCCCUGGAAACUUUCUCAAGGUGUAUCACUGCCCGGAAAACGCCGUGAACGAAGCCAACGCUCCGCUUUUCACGCAUAUCAACAUGGCUUCGCUGAACCACCAGCACCAGCAUCCGCACCAACAGCAACACCACCAAAUACCGCCGCAGACACCACCGCAACCCACUCCGCUCUAUGAACUGUUUUCUGCCAAUCCUCUGUUACCGAAGCCGGAUGUAAACAUUGCGGGCGCGAGCCAAUCUGUGUCGACAGCCCUGCCCCAGCAGCAGCCGCAAUCCCCACCUCCUCCCCAGGUCCUUCAAACUCCAAACAACGCGAAUCUACUCAUCAACAACUUGGUUAACAACUGGUCGCCCAAUUUGACGGGAGGAAGUUACAUUCAACUGGGAGACGAUGCUAAAGAAAACGCCACAAACCAGGCAGAACCACAUCCACCGCAAGCACUUCAGCCGAGCCAGCAGCCUCUGGCGCCGGUUCAGCCCCAGUCCGAGCCAAAGAGCCAGACUGUCAAUCCAUUAACUGCGAACACCAAGCCUUCUAAGUCCUCGUCACUGCCUUUGGCCACUGCCAGCGUUCCGCCAACUGCCAUCAACAAAGCACCUAUCGUGGUGUCGGUUCAGCCUGAAGGAAAGAAGCGUAUUGUUGCAGAGGUGAAGCCGAUGCCCAUGUCCUACUCCGACGUACUCAGCAAAGGCACGAAAACGAGCACUGCAGCACGAGAUUUACGGGCGGCCAACGGAUUAGAUGGCUCAACCCAGUCCCAGCGACGUCAGGGAAAGGAUGAGGGGGCCGGGAGUCGGGAAAUGAGAGCUGCGAAGCGGUCACCGAUGCACGACGCAAAAGAGGUUGCUCCGGGGUCGUCCGGUGGUGGCCACUCACACGGCAGCCGAAGUAAGAAGCGGGGCCAAUCUAACCAGAACCAGAAUGCAUCCCAAAAGCAGCAGCAGCAAGGGCAGCCGCAGCAGCAACAGCAACUUCAACAGCCGGUGCAGCAGUUGCCGAACAAGACGAGCAAGGCGAGUAAUCAGGAAAAGAAGCGCCCUUUGCAGCAAAAGAAUAACAUAAGUAGCGGUAACGGCAACAUCAACAAUUUAAGGGUUAUUGAUCAAAAGACGCCAUCCACCACGAUUCCCGUCAACAGCAGUUCGAUAAACAGCAAUGGCAGCAAUUCCACUUCGGCCACCAGUGCCAGCAACUUGUCUCGGAAACAAGGCAAUUCUAAAAGUAACUCCAACUCGAAUUCGAAUUCGAGUGGCCCAAAUUAUAAUACUGGCAUGAACAGUAACCACUCCAACAACAAUAAUGUUAGUUCCUCUUCGUCCAAGCGGUAUUCCUCAUCGAAUGUAAAUGUUAACUCGAAUAGCAGUUCCGGCUACUCCUACUCUUCAAAAAGAAAUCGCAACGCUUAUUCCUCGUCCAACUCACCCACCCAUGCCGGCAGCUUCGCCAGCAAUCGCAACUACGAGCUGGCCAAGCGUAUAUUGCACACCUGGUGGAUAUAUACGCUGAAGCUGCUCACCUGGCUGUUCUAUCUGGUCUACGAUAUCGUUGUGUUGGGCUUCAGCAUGGGCUACGAACGCCUCACCUUGGCCUACGUCGCAGGACUAUGCUACGCCCAGCAGCUACACAAGGAACUCAAGCAGAACUCUGGCAAACCGACUAUUUGGUGGCGAACUUACUGGCGACGUUUUGAUGCCCGUUUUGCCAAGAACUCGAAAUGGGCUGUUUGGCGGCGCUUUUACAAGCGAAAGCCCCCUGAACCCUCUACCGAGUCUUUCAAAACUGGUCGCCUGCCGCAGACUGGCGAGGAGGCAAUGUAUUCUCUGCUUAAUUGUAAAGGAAAGGAUGCCUACAGCAUACUGGGAGUCCCACCGGAUAGCUCACAGGAGCAGAUACGAAAGCAUUAUAAGAAAAUAGCCGUGCUCGUGCAUCCCGACAAGAACAAGCAAGCUGGCGCAGAAGAGGCUUUUAAGGUGUUGCAGCGGGCCUUUGAGUUGAUCGGCGAACCUGAAAACCGCCUCAUUUAUGACCAAAGCAUUGCUGAGACGCUACACACUGAGAAGGAAUGGACGGAGUUGCAUGAUCUGCUGUCGCAACUGCAAACCAAAAUGGCUGAGGCAGCUAACACUAUAAGAUGCAGUACCUGUGCCCAGCGCCACCCCCGUAAGCUCACUGAGCGUCCUCACUAUGCGGCGCGGGAGUGUGCCUCUUGUAAGAUUCGUCACUCCGCCAAAGAUGGCGACAUCUGGGCUGAGACGAGCAUGAUGGGACUGCGAUGGAAAUAUUUGGCGCUCAUGGACGGCAAGGUCUAUGAUAUAACCGAGUGGGCCAACUGCCAAAAGGGAGCCUUGUCCCAUUUGGAACCCAACUCCCACAUGGUUCAGUAUCGAAUUGUCCGCGGGGCUCAGCAACAACAGCAGCAGCAGCAACAGCAACAACAGCACAACCAACAGCAGCAGCAGCAACAACAUCACGACCGGGGUGGCCAUCAUCCUGGUGGAGGCGUCAGUGGCGUUAGCGAGGCAACACUGCACGAGUUCCUGGACAAUUUGUACAGUGGCCAGCAUCCCGGCGCACCCAACUCCUUUGCUGGCAAUGCGCGAAGGCGCACGCGACGCAAUUGAACCCCAACCGGCAUAUUUAUAAGUGUUUUUAAAAUCUCUAUCUCCACAAUUGUAAUUGAGUCCAUGCGUCAUUGGCGACUGCAUGAAUUUUACUCCCACUUUUAAACGACAGUAGAAAAACGGCACUCAUCUCUAUUAUUUCGGCGCCAACUCCCGAUCCCAAUUUUAAAAUUUUUGGACACGAUGCUUUAAGGAUGAUCGUAAACCCUUCUUCUUGUCGCAUAGAAUCGUACAAUUUUUCUACCACUUAGAUUGCAUCUAUGUUUCUUUUAUUUCUGUCCAUUUGUAUGGGCGGCUUAACACGCCUAGCUCGUAGCAAGAAAUUAGCUCUAAGUCCUAAGUAUACUAAGUAUCCCGUCCAAGCGUUCAUUUGCUUAAUGAAUGCGGCGGUACACAUGUAAAAUUUAACACAUCGGAAUUAAACACGAACGAUAAUGUUAAUAAAACACUAUUCAAAUCUUAA